AUGCUCCAAAAAAUCAGAAAUAGCCUAGGUGCAUCCCUACCUCUUCACCGCUUGUCCUCCCAGGACUUUUUUAUCGAACUUGACGAACCACAUCGCGUUUGGACCCCAGGAAGUUCCAUCCGUGGUAACGUUGUACUCAUCCUCAAUCACGACCAACCAGCUUACCUUCUCGAGUGCUCUAUUCAAGGCUCUAUCACCGUUAAAAACCCCCUAGUCAAGGGUAAACAUUUUAGAUACCCCCUCUUCUCAGAUUCAAUCAUCCUUUGGGGUCACCGCCCAACCUCCCUGGCACACCGUAGCUCCGCGGCUCCGGCCACAUCAACAACUUCUACUACUACUACUACUACCUCUUCUUCUUCUGCAUCUACUAUUCAACAACCUGCCACCGGCUCCUCUUUAACAAAUACAAAUGGCCCAAAUACAAUCGCUCCAUCAAUCCGAUCCUCUUCUUCAUCUGCAUCUGUUGUCUCUGCUUCUUCUUCAUCCUCUGCAUCAACAACAGCUUCCUCUUCCUCUUCAGAAUCCGCAAUUACAACCUCAGCUGCAUCUUCCUCCUCCUCUUCUUCUUCUUCAUCUUCUUCACAUUCCAUUACUGAUCCUACCUCUUCUCCACAAAUCCUUCCAAGAGGUGAACAUUACUUCCCCUUUGAGUUCGAACUCCCAGACCAUAGCCUCUACAACUCUCUUGAAUUCGAACGCGGAGCCAUCGCUUACGUGAUCUCCACUGUCUACCACAAACCCGGGCCGGCCCCGGCAGUGACUCGCAAAAAGGACAUUAAAGUCAUUGUCCCUCUCAACGUCGCGACCCUCCCAACCCCUCCACCCUCCAUUUUCUCCGUUGAAGUCCGCCCUAGACGUCAAAAACCCCCAGGUGUCAUCACCUCUAUCCUCGAAAUCCCUGCAAGAGGCUACCUCCGAGGUGAAUACAUUCCCGUCACAAUCACAAUUAACCAUGUCCGUCAUAUUCGCUCCUCUGCUGGCGUUGUCGUCACCUUUUAUCGUAUUUCGCGUGUGCGUGCUCCAGGUGCAGAACCACAAACUUUUCGCAAAAAUCUCUCCCAAAUCGUCUCGCCUCUCUAUACUGAAAUUAAUACCUUUUCUGCAGUCAUAUCAAAUCGGAUCCGUAUCCCUACAGAAACUUUCCCAACAACAACAGGACACAGAGUUGUAUCCUUCCAGUACUGCGUCGAGGCCGUUAUUGACCUUGUUGGUAACUGGAACUUUAAUAUGUCUGACGAAGAAUCAUCUUCUCGAACAGGCAUUCUUGAUACCGAUAAGCUUCAAAAACAUCGUGGAGUCAUGUCCCUAUGGAUGGAAGUGGUCAUUGGCACCGAGCGUGUAGCGAUACCCCAAGAACAGCAGCUGCACCAGCUGCACCAGCAACAACAGCAGCAACAGCAGCAACAGCAGCAACAGCAGCAACAGCAGCAACAGCAGCAGCAUCAGCAUCAGCAUCAGCAAAUUUUACAAGCAAGCGCACAAAAUAGACUGCGCGCAAAUUCCCCAAUAAGCACAAGCUCCAUCCAAGACCAAGAAUACCACCAUCUUUGCCUACAGCAGCAGCAGCAGCCUGCAUCUGUGAUGUCAGAAAAGGAGCGGCUAAGGCGGCUUGAGCAAGCGCUGUUACCAUCAGAGCCGCCUCAAAACAGUGCUCCAUCAUCCUCUUCUUCUUCCUUUUCCUCUUCAUCCUCAUCAACAUACACGGCCGCUCCAUCUGCCCCAACUUUGGGACAAAUCGCCUCAGCUUCACCAGGGCCGUCGGCCCCACCAGGACCUUCAGCUCCACCGUUGCUAACAUCCUCCACCAUGGUAUACAAUGAUCACGUUAAUGACCCCUACGCAGACCCCGUGACACCUACCGAAGACAAGUUGGAACUUGAGCGGCGCCGACUGGAGGCUCUCACGAGCCAGCCUCCAGAUUUGCUUAAUGGCCAUCAUUUAACUGUUACAACAACUUCAACUUCAACUUCACACGUGCCAGCACCGCCGGAACAACAACAACUACUCCAACCACAACAUCAACAUCAACAUCAACAACAACAACAACAACAACAACAACGGGGCUCAGUCCCAUCGGCACCUACACCCACGAGUUUCGGCCGGGUGUUGGCUGCAGGUAACGGCCUAGCUCCAAGUGUACCACAUUCGUCUUCAUCUGCCUCAAGAUCCGAAAGCACAACACCCACGGCCAAUGGCCACGACAAUCAUCAUCAUCAUCAUCAUACCGUUCUUUUUGGCGAAGAUGAGGGUGUGCUUUACAAUGUUCCGGCGUACGAGGAACAAGAGUCGGCUCCACCAGCAAUUGUCGCUACAACUACCAACACCACUACCAAUACCAACAACAAUAACAAUAACGCAUUGUCUCUAUCACCGCCUGCCGCGCAUGAAUCUUCUCCGAAUACCCACUCAUCAUCAUCACCUGCUCUUAUAAAUCAUGCAACAAGACAAAUUCCCCUGGUGGCGGCGGCUGAUGAAAAACGUGCACUGGAAGCAGCGGAACGCGCCCUUCUGCCGUCUGAGCCGGAAGGUUAUGGCAACCAUAAAAACUUGCCCCUAGCCAGUGCUCCGCCUCCACUCGCUCCAUUAAGUUGUGGAAUAAUCGCCCCGGAUAAUAAUAAUAAUAAAAUAUCGGGCAAUGAUUCCACUCAUAAUGAUGCUGAGGACAACAACAAUGACCACAACGUCGGCGGCGACGACAACAACAACGACGACGACGACCGUGAUCUUUACGAAGCCUAA